UUCGAUUGGGAUCGUCCACUUGUAGACUUUGAGUGGGAGGACUCCUCGUUCAUUGAUACCUUGAUCGAAGCUCAUGAUGCCGCCGGCACCCCCUUGGAGCUCUUCUUGGGGAUUCCGGAGCACUCCCCCCGCCAUAACUACGAGUUCCCAAUCUUGAAUGCGGUUUGCCCAGACCAAAUUCUUCUAGCUAUCAGGGAAGGCUCAAUCUUGUUGCCUGAUAAUGGAGUGGUCUGGCUGCAUGACAGAAGCUUCAACGACGGCCCUCGUUCUUAUAACGGGGUCAAAACAGCACGCGAAUUUCAUCAACUACUGAAAUUGACCAGGUUUGGUCAAGACGACCAGUGUAAUGCGGAGGCUAGAUUGAUGCAUAUUCCCAAUCCGGAUCGAUGGACUAUUGGGCCUCUCAUUCUGAGUGCUUCUCAGCUACAAAUUCCAGUAUACAGAGAGUUGUUCAUGAAGCAUUUUGAGGGAGACAGCCACAUAAGAAUGACCUUUUCACCUUGUCGGAGAACAUUUGCUCUCCAGUUCCAUCUUCCAUUCUUUGCUUGGCGUGGAUCGACAGAGCCCUGUCGAGAUGGCCGUUCCACAUCAGAUGGUGUGCCAACAAGAGAGACCACCGAUGUCUCUUUCCUGUCUGCCCCAAUAUUAGGUGAGACUUCCAAUGCAGAGGUCAAAGAACGCGAGUUUCUCUAUGAGGCUCAAAGUUCUAUUGCAGUCUUCGGUUGGAACCGAACCAUUUGGACGGCAUGCUCUCUUGCCGACACCUACUUCUACCCGGAUGCGGUGAGUCCAGACAAUGAGGAUCUAUUAAUCUACUACCGAGACGUCGAAGAGAUUGAGUGGGAUGCAGUAUCAAUGGCCGAAUUACCGAUCGACCGUGUUAGCAUUAGUGAUCCUAGAGAAUACUUUCUCAUGGUUCUGAAGAUUCGCGGUGAGAAAUGCAAGGAUGAGUGGAGGAAUGUUCUUUAUCACAUG